AUGGAGCAUGUGGAGCAACCACAGCCUCCACAAGAAUCACCGAGGAGGAAACGUGGAGCACGCAUGUCUGUGCGUAUGAGACAACGGUCAGGCUCGCUACCACCAUUACUCCAAGCAUACCUUCCUAUCCCUAAGGACCCACAAAUAGGUGGACCCUCAAAUGCUGUACCAGUGGUUGACCUAACACCACAAAAUUUUGUUCAACCACCACCAUCGGGUUUUGAUAACCCAAUUCCUACGUAUACAGAUACGACUGGAUACCAUCCUUUUAAUCCAUCUACGCCGAUAGAUUAUAACUAUCAGGCGCCAGCGUAUGACCCCUAUUUACAGGUGGUUGUACACAAUGCUUUAUACCCAUCUCCUUUCCUUCCUGCCUACCUAGCUACUAGAUAUCCAAAUUAUGGAUACAAGUAUCCUGUUGUUCCUCAACCACAGCCACAACCACCGCCAAAAAUAGAGGCUUUUAACCAGGCCUUAGAAAGAGUGGAACAAAUUCAGCGUUAG